AUGGAUGAAGACGUUAAAAAGCAAUUGCCGGUUGUGCCGAAGUGUUGUCCGAGUGGUCAGAACCUAACGAUUAACUUCGAGAACGGUGUUGCCAAAACGGUGUGCACUCGGUCGAGCCUCACAUUCCAGCCGAUUUUUCACAAAGCGAAUGAAACGCACAUAUGGAGCUACGACAGCAAUGUAUUCGAAACUAUCGUUGGCAAUCCAUGCCUAUAUGAAAGAUAUAAAUUGGAUCCCGAGAAAAUGAGCGAAGAUGAAUUCUACUUAUUGGUGAACGGUUCACUCUUUGUGCCGUUCAGUGAACCGCAUUUACUCGGAACAAGAGAUUAUUGCAUGGAGACGUUUUGGAACGAAACGAACCCAGCGGGUGUAACUCUUCCAUUAGUUUGCUUUCGAACCCCAUUAGAGGAAGCGACGACAUCAGUUACACUCAUAAUUUAUGCUACAGGAUUAAUAAUUUCAGUACCAUUUCUCUUAGCGACUGCGUGUGUUUACACGUUUAUAACAGAGUUAAGGGAUACGCACGGUAAAGCACUGGCUUGCCAUUCUAUUUGUUUGGCUGUAGCAUUUUCUUGCUUGGCCGCCACACAGCUGGCUGGACACGCUUUUCCUUCAACUAUUUGUAAUAUUAUGGCAUAUUCCAUUCAACUGUCAUUUGUAUCGUGUUUCUUUUGGUUGAACGUAAUGUGUUUCGAUACUUUUUUGAACGUGAGGCGAUACAUCAAUGCAUCGGUUAGUAGAAGAAGUAUGAGGCGAAGGUUCGCGUGGUAUUCUGCCUACGCGAUACUCUUACCUAUCGUUCUAUUAGUCGUUACAGUUACUAUGGAUUUAUCUCCUGCAGUGCCUAGCACUUACCUGAAGCCAAACUUUGGUGUAAAAGGCUGCUGGUUUAAAACUGACCAAGCGGCUUUGCCAUAUUUUUACGGGCCGGUCGCCGUUAUCCUUCUUAGUAACCUCGUGAUAUUUUUCUUUACUUCACGCGCCUUUGCAGUACAUUAUGAUAAGCUAAAAGACCUAACACCAUUAGACAUGGCGCAUUCAGACAAUAGCACGUCGGAUGACUGGGUGCGACUCAGUACGGUGCUGGGUCAGCCAGUACUUCCGCAAGAGCGCGCUGCCUCGCCACCGAGGGAAAUUGUUGCCAAUUUUAACCAAAGGCUCAAAAAAUAUAAAAAAAUUUUCCGAACAUGUUGCAUCCUGUCAGUCAUCAUGGGACUGUCGUGGGUGCUGGAGGUGGUAUCGUGGGCAGCAGGUACCGGCUCGGCCGUCGUCUCUGUGUGGUCCCUAUUUGACCUCAUCAACGCUUUACAAGGAGUCGUCAUUUUUACUAUUUAUGUUCUUCAACAGCCCGUCCGUUCUUAUAUUAAGUUGUCAAAACUCUGCAAGUCGUGCAGAAGAAAAAGAAACGGCUCCGAAGUAGCGGUAGUGAGUGAACGAAACAGCAUAGACUGUGGUCCCGGACGUAGAGACUACGUCUAA